CGGGCAAUCUGAUUGGGUUGAUCAUUUUGCAGAGAAAUGCUUGGAACACAAGUAGAUUCUUUUCUAUCGAGGACAGUUAAAUAUCGCUAUUAAUGGGAACACAGUAAUCGUAUUAUGAAUACAGGCGAGGAAACUAUCUAAAACCUUGUAGUUCCUUGAUUUAAUUGGAUAUAACUUCCUAUUGAUUUUCCUUAUUACUACAGCGAUAAGAAGAACAUGCUCUAAAAAUCAAAAAUAAAACUGUGGGAAAAUAUAUAGCAAAGCGGGGAUAUGCAAAAGGUGGCUGAGAGUGACAUACAAAUACUUACUUCGAAUUUUUAUUUCAUUAAAAAAAGUUGAAGUUUAGGUAAAGUUUCUGAAAUAACAAUGAAUCAUUCGAUGGAUUUGACGAACGGAACAAAUAUUUCUUCCACCACCUACACGGAAGAGCUAGCAUUCAUCAUUCCCCUUACCUGGGGGCUGCUUGUUCUAGUCGGGUCUAUUGGAAAUGGAUUGGUCAUUUUCACACUGGGAAAGAACGGUGAACUUACACCUACUAAUGUGUAUGUGAUAAACUUGGCUUUGGCGGAUCUAACUUUUCUCAUAAUUGUUGUUCCCACAACCACUGUAGGUUUUGCUGUAGAGGAAUGGGUAUUCGGAGAUGCUGUGUGUAAAAUUUGUAACUAUAUGAUAUACGUGACACUCCAUGCCACGUGCUUUACCUUGACCGCUUUGACAAUAGACAGGUACCAUGCGAUUGUUAACGCAGUGAGCUCAAUGAACUGGCGUUCUCGUCGGACAUCCACUAUCGUUAGUAUGAUGGUCUGGGCAGUUUCCUUUCUGAUAUCAAUUCCAUUUGCCAUGUACCACAAAGAACAAAAAGACGUUCUGCACAACAAACUCUACUGUGUCCCAGACUGGGGGGAUGAGGAAAAAGACAAACUGGUCUCCCUCAUUGUUAUUUUCACUACCUACGUUAAUCCCCUGGGGAUAAUAAUUGUCUGCUACACCCAGAUUCUGCGUAACCUAUGGUCCAGGAAGAGACACACCUAUAUGCCCAGUAUAAAAACUGAGGAUGAUUUAAACAGCAGUAUUCCUUUGUCCAGAAGAUCGCAAACGCGGCGCAGAGGGAAAGUUACCCGGAUGGUGUUUAUUGUGGUUCUAUUGUUUGCAGUAUGCUGGCUUCCAGUGCACGUAUUUCAAUUAAUUCGUAUAUUUAACCCACACUUCCCUAAAACAACUCCCGUAUAUGUGCUCAAAAUGAUCAGUCACACUUUAUCGUACGCAAAUUCGAUUGUAAACCCAUUUGUGUACGCUUUUCUCAACGACGGAUUCCGGAAAGCGUUUCGGCGAACAUUUCCGUUUGUCAGUACUUACUGCCCUUGUGCUCAACUCCACGUGGAGGGAAAUAGCAAUGCAUCUGACAUGGUGGACCGAUGUAUUCAAACACGUGUAGGUGAAUGUCAGGACGAAAAUGGGAAUGGUGGAACAGAAAUAGUCUCCAUGUCUCACGUGUCCGAAUAUAAAAAUUCAAUCCCCAUGGUUAUAUUACCGAGGACAAUUCCCUCCGAUAUAGAAGAAAGAAGCGGUAGUGAACAGGAAAGUAAGUGAUAGCAUUUUGUCGAUGGACAAAAAUACCAUGGCGUAAUGUGUCUGUAAACGUGUAAACCAACAUUAUUCUCCGAAGUCCAUCUCACGUAUCCGACGUGAAAAUAGCCUUUAGAGAGAUAUCUACACUCUGAAGCAGAAAGUAUAGUCUGAUAUAAGGAGGAGGAUUGCCAAACAAAUGACAGAGAUUAUCGCAUUGGGUAUCAAUUUUCCACGUACAACUUAACAAUUAAAGUCAUUGGUGAGAAUGAUGCAGGAAUAAAACGAAGAAUUGCUGGCAUUUUUUUUAGGAAUGACCUUUCCUUUGUUACUUUCUAAUAAGCUUUGUCGAGAAUAUCUUGUAAAUAUAAAUGCUUACCAUCUUUAAAGUGUAUUGCAACAGGCAAUUAAUAUAAUGCAUUUCUUUUAUUCCAAAGCUUUGCCAAAGAAAUGAUGGAAAUUAUUGCAUAAAGCAUUAAUUUUCUACGUACAACUUAACCUUAUACGUCAUUGGUAAAUAUGAUGCAUGAAAAGAUAAUGAAGGGCAUUUAAAAUGGGAUGACUUUUUUGACUUUCUAUUAUCGAGAAUUUCUUAUCAAUAGGAACUACCUUUAAAGUGUAUUGCAUCAUGUACAUGUACCUAUAUAUUAAUUGUAUUCCUUUUAUUCCAAAGGUCUACCACUGUCUAAAUAUUUAUUAACUAUUAAUAUACUUCUCCAAAGAAAAUCUUAUUUAAAGAUGUGUUCAUUCCAAAACAAUUUUGUCCUCCAAUUUCAAUUGUGAAAUUAAUGAACAAGGAUAAUGGUUGUUAACUCAAAAGAAUAUUUAGAUUAUUUUGUUUAACAAUGAAUUUUUAUCAAACAAUAGGAUAAAUUUGUUAAGGACUUUUUGUGCUCCAUACUUUUUGGAGCCUUUUUCACCAAUUUAGCGAAAAGCAAUUGCAAGAAGAAGAUGACAGGAUGCCUAUUAAGCUAUGUUGGCUUAGUGAAAUGAUGCACACGUUUGUCAUUGGAAAAUAAUUAUGAACGAAAAUCUACCCAAUAAAUCCAAAUGAUAAAAAAUGAGGGAUAUUUUUAACUCAGUUAAGCCAGUAAAUUUUUGAUCUGGGUUCCAAAGACAUUUUCGGUAUUCCGGGAUUAUCUUAGGUUUCCUGGAUUAUUCUCAAUCCGUUCAUUUCCUGUGCGCAGUUGUAUUAAUUUAAGAUAUGUGAGUGUUAAGGGGAAAUGAAAGCGAAUACGGUGGGGACCUGAGCAGAGAAUAUGAGCUUAUUCUAAUUACUUCAAAGAAAUUUCAUUAUAUAAGGUUUGCGAUGGGUACCACAUGACUAAAAUGCAUACUUAAAGGAGGUUAAACAUGCAACAAAGCAAAGGAAUAACCACCUAUCAAGUUGAUUUAGAUCUCAUUAUUAAUUGAUGAAAAGAAAUAAUGAGGUAAUCGAAUUCUUACAUCGUAAAAGUCCGAAUGUAAAUGAUGUUAUAUUUUCAUUUCUUAGAAACAAUAAGCAGAUAUGUACUAUAUUUUCUUUGAUUUUUACACUUGUCAGUAAAUAUGUGUUCAUUAUA